GAGAUCUGCUGUUUGAUGGAGCGGCAGAUCUCCCCGAAUUCCGAUCAGCACCUAAUAUGGCAGCAGCUUCAGCGUUAUAGCCAGGUUGGGGAUUUCAACAACUACCUCGCUUUCAUCCUUGCAAGGGCAGAGGGUAAAUCAGCAGAAAUCCGACAGGCUGCUGGCUUGCUUUUGAAGAAUAAUUUAAAAACAAGUUACAGAUCCACAUCUCCUUCACAUCAGCAAUACAUCAAGUUACAAUUACUUUCAUGUUUAGGUGCUACAGAUAAGACCAUCAGAUCUACAGCUGGAACUGUUAUUAGUGUCAUCGUGCAGAGUGGGAGACUAUUGGGCUGGCCGGAGUUGUUGCAAGCUCUUGUUCAUUGCUUGGAUAGUAAUGACUUAAAUCAUAUGGAAAGUGCUAUGGAUACUAUUUACAAGAUCUGCGAGGAUAUACCUGAAGAACUUGAUUUGGAUGUUCCUGGAUUGACAGAAAGACCUAUAAACAUUUUCAUGCCGAGGUUAUUGCAGCUUUUCCAGUCUCCACAUUCUACACUUAGAAAGCUCUCUUUGGGCUCCAUCAAUCAGUUUAUUGUAAUAAUGCCUAAAGCCAUGCUGCUCUCUAUGGAUCAGUACCUACAAGGUUUAUUUGUUCUUGCUCGAGAUGUUGCCGCAGAUGUGCGGAAGUUGGUUUGCUCUGCAUUUGUUCAGUUAAUCGAAGUUCGGCCUGCUUUUUUGGAGCCACAUUUGAGGACUGUGAUUGAAUAUAUGUUGCUAGCUAAUAAUGACUCCGAUGAUGAAGUUUCUCUUGAAGCAUGCGAGUUUUGGUCAGCAUAUUGCGAUGCUAAUUUGCCUCCAGAAGGCUUAAGAGAGUUUUUGCCACGCUUGAUUCCAGUUUUAUUGUCAAAUAUGGUGUAUGCUGAUGAUGAUGAGUCGCUUGUGGAUGCUGAGGAUGAUGAGUCCAUCCCUGAUAGAGAUCAGGAUUUGAAGCCUCGUUUUCAUUCGUCAAGACUUCAUGGAACUGAAAAUGGGGAAGAUCCUGAUGAUGACAUAGUCAAUGUAUGGAAUCUACGGAAGUGCAGUGCAGCAGGUUUAGACGUUCUUUCAAAUGUAUUUGGUGAUGAGUUACUUCCCACUCUAAUGCCGUUGAUUCAGGAAAGGCUUUCAACCCCUAACCACUCAGAGUGGAAGGAGAGGGAGGCUGCUGUUUUGGCCAUUGGUGCUAUUGCAGAGGGUUGUUUUAAUGGGCUCUACCCCCUUCUACCUGAGAUUGUUACAUUCCUUUUACCUCUACUGGAGGACAAGUUUCCCCUAAUACGGAGUAUCACCUGCUGGACAAUUUCUCGUUUUAGCAAAUUUAUUGUUCAGGGCAUUGUUCAACAACAGAAAGGUCAUGAACAAUUCGAUGAAGUUCUCAUGGGUCUACUUCACAGAAUACUGGAUUCUAAUAAGCGAGUGCAGGAGGCUGCAUGUUCAGCUUUUGCAACUCUUGAAGAGGAGGCUGCUGAAGAAUUGGCACCACGAUUGGAGGUCAUUUUACAGCACCUCUUAUGUGCCUUUGGCAAGUAUCAGAGGCGUAAUCUCCGAAUUGUUUAUGAUGCUAUUGGAACUCUAGCUGAUGCUGUUGGAGGAGAGCUAAAUCAGCCAAAAUAUCUUGAUAUCCUGAUGCCACCAUUAAUUGCAAAGUGGCAACAACUUUCAAAUUCAGACAAAGAUCUAUUUCCAUUAUUGGAAUGCUUUACUUCCAUAGCACAAGCUCUAGGACCAGGUUUUGCCCAGUUUGCUGAACCUGUAUAUCAUAGGUGCAUUAAUCUAAUUCAGACUCAGCUAUUGGCAAAGGUUGAUCCUGUUGCAGCGGGUGUUCAAUAUGAUAAAGAGUUCAUUGUCUGCUCCUUGGACUUGUUAUCAGGAAUCUGUGAAGGUCUUGGAAGCGGGAUUGAGAGCCUGGUUGGCAAAAGUAAUUUAAAUGAUUUACUUGUUCAAUGUUGCAUGGAUGAUGCUACUGAUAUACGGCAAAGUGCUCUAGCACUUCUUGGGGAUCUUGCAAGAGUCUGCCCUAUACAUCUUCAUGCACGCCUCUUGGACUUUCUCAACAUUGCAACUGAGCAACUGAAUGUUUCUCAGGUGAAGGAAGCUGUGUCCGUAGCAAAUAAUGCUUGUUGGGCACUUGGGGAAUUAGCAGUUAAGGUUCAUCAGGAAAUAUCUCCUGUUGUGAUAAAAGUCGUUUCAUACAUUGCCCCCAUCCUUCAAAAUCCAGAGGGUUUCAACAAAUCAUUGUUAGAGAAUAGUGCCAUCACACUUGGUAGGUUAGGCUGGGUAUGUCCGGAACUUGUGGCACCACAUAUGGAACAUUUUAUGGUGCCUUGGUGUUCGGCUUUGUGCAUGAUACGGGAUGAUUUUGAAAAAGAAGAUGCAUUUCGAGGUCUAUGUGCAAUGGUGAGAACAAAUCCUCAUGGCGCUGUGAACUCGCUAGCUUACAUGUGCAGGGCUAUUGCUAGUUGGCAUGAAAUUAGGAGCAAUGACUUAGUCAAUGAAAUAUCCCAAGUCUUAAAUGGAUAUAAACAGAUGCUUGGAAGUGGAGCAUGGGAACAGUUCCUCACCAACAUAGAGCCUCAUGUGGCACAAAGCCUAUCAAGAUACCAAGUGUAGAGGUGGUUCAUAAGAUUCCCACGUUUGGUUUUCAUUGCCAAAGUACUACGUUGCAUGAGCAUUGGAAGUAAUGUCAUUUAGUGGAUUCACAA